UUUAUUUUGACGGUCCAGGGCGGAACAGCGCGGCUUCUUUCCGGUUAGCUUGAUUUUCUGCUUCGGCUACAUAACCAUGUAGCGUCUCUAAGUUAGAACAGCAGGAAGAAAAAAGACCGACUUCACGCACAGAAAUGCUGGGGAGACGAUCUUUGCUAGCAGCACUGCUGGCCGUGGCGGUCGGAAUUUACCUGCUGCCGUCUCCCAUAGAUCCCAAACCGCACAUUCUGAAAGGGCCUCCUCCAGCCCUCCAAGGGCCACUGGCUGUUAACACCCAACUGCAGAGGGGCCGCAGGCUGUUCACUGGAAAACUACACGGACCAGAAUCCUUUGCUGCUGAUGCUCAUGGUAACGUUUAUACGGGGACGGUGGACGGGAAGCUGUGGAGAAUCGGUCCUGAUGACAGCCUGGAUCUCAUCACACACAUGGGACAGGAUCUACCAGAAUGCGGCAGCAGCACUGACUACGAGCCGGUCUGCGGUCGUCCUCACGGCCUGCGCCUGGACCGCCACGGUCAGCUGGUCGUUGCCGAUUCUUACUUCGGUCUUUACAGCGUCGACCCUGAAACUGGAGGAAAGACUCUGCUGGUGAACAGCACCGACGGUGCUGAUGGCGUUCCCUUCGCCUUCCUGAACGGCCUGGAGGUUUCCUCCCAAACGGGGAUCGUUUAUUUCACCGACUCGUCCAGCCGCUGGGGCCGCAGACACGUCAGACUGGAGGUGAUCGAGUUGAACAGCCUCGGCCGCCUUCUCUCCUUCGAUCCUGUGAAAAAAAAGGUGACGGUGCUGCUGGACUCGCUCUAUAUGCCCAAUGGAAUCGCGUUGUCGCCUGACGAGAACUUCCUGCUGCUGGCUGAGACCAGCAUCGGACGCAUACUGAAGUAUUGGCUGAAAGGCUCAAAGGCAGGAACUAAGGAGAUCAUUCUGGACAACAUGAUUGGUUACCCUGAUAACAUUCGCCUUAGCAACCACGGAACUUUCCUGGUUGGCAUGACGACGACUCGAUUCCAGAAGCUUCUGCCGCCCUUCCUGGACAUGAUCGCUCCGUACCCAGCGGUGAAACGUUUCCUGGCCAAGCUGGUUCCUCUGCGCUGCUACAACCUCCUGCUGCCGCGCUACGCUCUGGUCCUGGAGCUGGGAUUGGACGGACAAAUCGUAGGAUCGCUCCACGACCCUGAGGGACGCCUAACGUGGGCCAUCAGCGACGUCUUCCAGCACCGAGGCAGAACCUACCUGGGCAGCACUGACUUACCGUUCCUGCCUGUCCUGGACGUUUGAGGAGUGAGCGCACAAACCGUUUACAGUUGAAUUGUUUUUCUUAGAGGUUUGACAUCAGGGGAGAGGGAUGGAUGAUGUUUUCAUUUGGGAGAGGAGGCAUAAAAUGCCCCAUAAAGGCUCGUCCCUUUUAAUUACUGCUAAAUCAUUUGUUUUGCUAAAACCUCUUGAGCUAUAAAACUGAGUUUAACUAAAAAUUCCCAAAUUGACUGUAAUUGAAAGUUACACCUAAACUUUUAAUAUGAACCACUCAAAUAAAUGUUAAGUUUAG